GCUAAUUGACGUCCCGAGCACAUGGAUAACCCCUGUCCUGAGGCGCAUCAACUCCACUUGCAGGAGCUGAAGCGGCCACCGCCUUUCCUGUCACCCACAAUCCCCGAACAUCUGCCCCCAACUUCAUUGGGCCUCCUUGGGUACGGCAGGGAUCACCAAAUGAUCGGCCGGUGCUUGGAUCCGAGCAAAGGUGACGAGUUGCCGCGCGAGGAUAAACCCGACCUGACCACAAUACAUUCCAUGCCGUCCUUUGUUCUGCACCACCACCAUCAACACUUACCAGAGGCAAUCCAACCGUCGUCCCCAGACCCACCACAAACGGCAGUCACUCCUUCUGGUAGCAGUCAGCAAGAGAUCGGAGGUUCAGUACGCGAAGCGACUUCGCCGGCCGACUCGGAGGACCAUUCGGAUCCGAACACGAAACCUCCCUACAGUUACGUGGCCCUGAUCGCGAUGGCCAUCCAAAGCUCCGGCCUGAAACGAGCCACCCUGAGCGAAAUCUACAACUUCAUCACGUCCAAGUUCCCGUACUUUGAGCGGAACAAAAAAGGCUGGCAGAACUCGAUUCGCCACAAUUUGAGUCUGAAUGAGUGUUUCGUCAAAGUUCCUCGCGAGGGUGGUGGCGAGAGGAAGGGCAACUAUUGGACUUUAGAUCCUCAGUAUGAGGACAUGUUUGAAAACGGGAACUACCGAAGACGGCGGAGGAUGAAACGCCCUUAUAGGACGGCCGGAGGUUACGCAAAAGCCACAUUUUUCACUGAUUCUUUUGCCCACACCUUGCCUCUGAACGGCCGCAACCUCUUCAGCCCACCAGCUUACAAUCCUUAUCCAAGCGCCAGUUGGCCUCCUCUGCACGGAUCCGCCUACCCCGGUGGAUGUCAGUCGGGUCGUCCUGGCGCACCCCCGGCACACCAGAGCGUCGCACCAACCCUUUUUCAACCCCUCGCCUCGUCCCAGAUGAGUUCGAGUGUGCAGCUGCCACCAAUGGGCAGCUACUCGCACCAGCUUUCUCCAGGUUUGGGUCCAAGCGCAGGACCCUCAAGUUUUGGGCAGCCCCAAUUUCAAGCAGCCUGUGCUCGCAGGGAAGAGGCGGCCAGAUAUUCCUACUGGCCAACCGACGCGGGCGUUCGCGGCGAGGCGGGCGGUGGAGGCGCUUUUGCCGGAUUCAACCCCAAGUGCUUCAUGUGACUGCGUUUAGAAAAUCAUAAAACUCUUUUUAAUUGUUAUUGGUACAAACGCGCGGCUGUAAAUAGCGUGACGCGGCGUGAAUUAAUGGCGGCAGGUGGCAGUCGGUCGGCGAGGCGGCGGCGGCGACGGCAGCGAGAAUGAGCUUCACAGUCGCUCUCUCCUCCCACGAUUUACCGGCCCAUUUGCUCAACAUGAUGUGUGUGUCGCGCUAAUGCACCCCGUCUCUCUCCGCCACCAUCCUCGCCUAUUAAUCCUCGCCUAUUUUUUACCCACUCGACUACACACGCUCCCAACCGCACAGCUCCUCAGGGGGCACACCAACAAUUUCCUCAACAUUUCACAUUUGCUUUUAAUUUUUUUUUUCACAAAUCUUUAGUCAUUAUUGAAAUAAUUUCGCGCAUUCGUAAUAAAAAAAUUAUUUAAAAUCACUUUCUAUUAAAUUAUUAACUUUUUUUAAAUUAAAUCUUAGGGAUUAAAUUUAUUUAGGAAAUCAUUUAAAAAAAGGGGGAUGAUUCAAUGUAAUAAAUGUUGAUUGAAGUCAUAGUUAAUGAAGCUUGUUCUUCCAUUUCACUUUGAUGCUCUUGGUGUUCCCCUGUGUGGAACUGACGGACCCAAAAUCGUCUCUUGAACUGCUCCCCAGAGAGAAGUGCAUUUCCCCGAGUAUUAUUAGCCGUCCCAUUGCAACCACUGUUUUUUUUAUCCUUCAAACUUCUCAUCUUUUAAUACUUGAAUAACUUUUCAUUUAAGAUAAUUCAGAUAUUGAAGCUGUAAUUAAAAUAUGACAUGUCAUUUUCCCUUCAUUUGUAAAACCGAAAACUGCCACCGCUUCUAUAAUUAUAUAAUAGUCAAAUGUGAAUUUAAUUUUAGAAUAAAAAACG